AUGGGGUACCUUUCCAAGCUCGUGACAUCAGUUGUCUUCGCCAUUCCUCUAGCUUCUGCUCAUCUUGCUGCGUAUACCCCUGGCAUGUACUGCCCGGAGAACUCCUACAAAGGGACAUUAACGAACGCUACUGACCCCAACUUGGUCGUUUUCGACCCUCUUUACAAUCUUCCAGGUGACAGUUGGUUCCUAUCCAAGGGCCGGAACUGCCUCCUAGCCGAGCCCACCGGAGUCUGGGAAAUCGCAGCCAAUACCAUUAUUUCCGUUCCAUGGGCGAAUUGGCAAAACUCCACCGGAUAUUAUGCCGAUGGAAAGGAAUACAACGAGCGCCCUAUUCCUUACUCAGUGACAAACCCUGAAGUCAUCGCCGAGGGUCUGGUUAGCGAGUCCAAGGGCCUCGCCUCGCCUAACCUGCAUGCAGCAAACAAGUCCACUGCUGCUGGAACGGCCAUUGCAAUCUCCUAUGAGAGCAACAUUUGGGCGGUGACCAUGGACACACUCGUUGUUAUCUCGACUGCUCCUCAGACUCCCUUUGAGCGGCUGGCCAAUUACUCCAUCCCGGACUUGGCGCCCUGCAAAGAGUGCAUCUGUGUGACUGGAUGGGUUCCCGAUGGCUUCGGCCAACAGAACAUGUACAUGGCUGCUCACAAGUGUAAGAUCACAAACCCCACCGGUGGCAAGAUACCCAAGACUCCCAGCUCCGUCCCUGGCCCAGGAGUCAAGGGUGCCAAACAGAUGAUUGCAGCUUUCCAGUCGGAAGGGAACAAUGUCGAGUGGAAUGGGGGGGAGGUGGUCCCCACCUACUCUACUCGCAUGGGUUACUUGGUUGGGGCGCAGACUGAUAUCUUUGACUAA